AUGAUUUCAACAAUUCAAAAUUUGUACGUCCAUUUUUUUGCACUUCUCCUUUUAUUCAUAAUUUCAUGCAAAGCCACAAAAGAAUUAACUUCAAACACACCAUUACCAAACCCAAGCAUUAAGUGUGACACUUGCCCUGAAUACCUUCCUCCACCACCUCCUCCGCUUCCCGAAUGUCCACCACCUCCACCUCCACCGUGUGAUCCAUCACCACCACCGCCGCCACCUCAGAUGGAGCCACCAUGCAUCCCUUGCAUGCUUCAGCAAACACCUUCGCCGCCACCACCAAGUUACUACAACUACAUUCCAAGCAGCAAUUUAUAUGUGACAGGGUAUACCUACUCAGGUGGUCCAAAAGUUAAGGAUGUUAUGAGUGAUUUUAUGAUGCUUGGUAUACUUACACUAUUGGAGGUGAUCAUACUUGCAUGA